CUGCGAAUCGUGGUGUGCUCUCUGCAAAUCGCUCAAUAAGAACGUAAGAGAACAAAGGUGAUAUUCUGUGUCAAGUUGCAGCAAACUGCGGCAAGAUGUUGUCAUGGCCGGAACCCAGGCCCUACCCUCCUCCCGCGGGAAGGAAAACGGCAAUUGUCACUGGUGGUUCUCAAGGCAUCGGAAAAGCCACAGCGCUCGCACUCGCAUUAAGCGGCUGGAAUGUCGUCAUCUCCGGCCGGCGGCUUGAGCAGCUCGAAAACACGGCCAACGAAAUAAACUCCAAGACGAUGGAGCUCCCUAACAAGAGAGGAAAGACAAUGGUUUUUCAGGGCGAUAUGACAGUCGAAAGCGCCGUGAAAGGCAUGUUCGAGCUCGCGCUUGACGCAUUCGAACGGGUCGACCUCGUCUUUGUCAACGCCGGCGCCAGCUCGGAUGACGUGCCGAUCCAGGAUGUAUCGAUUGAGGUUUGGCAAAGUAUUGUGAAUGUCAACUUGACCGGGUCAUGGCUUUGCGCCCGCGAAGCAUUCCGAUGCAUGGAUGGGUCGAGAGGCUAUCUGGGAGGGAGGAUUAUCCUGAAUGGCAGUAUAAGCUCCAAAACACCUAGACUAUACUCGACCCCGUACACAGCGACCAAACACGCUAUCACAGGUCUCACCAAGUCUCUUGCAUUAGAGGGCCGCCAACAUAACAUCGCCGUGUCCCAGAUCGACAUCGGGAAUGCACGGACGGACAUGACAGCUAGCAUGCGCGCAGGCCCUGGCGCCAUGCAAGCUAAUGGGACUAGGCUUCAAGAGCCAGUCUUUGACUGCAACUACGCAGCAAAAGAGGUCGUGCAUAUCGCAGAGAUGCCGCUGGGCGUCAAUGUUCAGGAGGUCACAAUCAUGGCCACCGCUAUGCCAUCGUAUGUUGGUAGAGGUUGAUGAAUCUUUGGAUUGCACAUCAAUUUCGUACAUUCAAUGUAACGCGCAUGUGCUCCUUGGGGCUCGUGCUCAAGAAAUAAAACAGCGAC